AUGGCCUACGUUCAGCUUGCAGCAUUGGAUACCUGCAUAACCUCAUCUGAAGAUAAUGCAUGUGACUGGAUGACUAAUAAGAUUGGAGGAAGACCGAACUGGAUGCAUAAUUCAAAUCAUCCUUCUUGCAAGUUGUGCAAUAAAACGCAAAUGCUUAUGGUUCAAAUUUAUUGCCCUCUUACUGGUUCCUCAUAUCACAGGACUUGGUCUAUAAUAAGAUCACAAGUAGUGGAGAUCAAACAAGAUGUAGCAAAGACGAAAAUCGAAAAUUCCAGCAAUAUUUGGAGUUGUUCUGGUGAUGAUGAUUGGAAUGACGGAAAUGAAGGAGAACGUGAAAAAAAUAAUCUAGACAUAGAAGCUGUGUUACGAGAAGAUAAUAAAGUAGAUAUGGAGACUGUUAUAGAAUCAGCAAAUCAAGUAUCUAUUCAUCAUCAAAGAAAUACGAUAGCUGAUGUUCCAUUCAUAACUCCGGUCAUUCUUGUGGUAUUUGAUGAACCGAAUAUUAGCCAAAAAUCUUUCAAAUAUGAGCAAAAGUUACUACAGGCUUAUGAACAGCAGCAUGGAGCCGUAACUGAACAAAUUACUGAUGAUGAAGUUAAGAUGGAGUUGUAUGAGAAAACGUCCGCUAAACAUGGCAAUCGAACUUUUGAAAAAUUUAUGAAGAGACUACAACGAUAUCCUAAGCAAGUUCUGAGAUACAAUCGUGGUGGAUCUCCCUUAUUGAUGACAGCAACCGAAACAGAUAUUAUUGCUGUACCUGAUUGUCCAAGGUGUAGCUCUAAGAGAGUAUUUGAAUUUCAGCUGAUGCCAACUCUUAUAUAUGAACUGAAAGAAAUUAGUCCCUCAUCAUCCGUACCGGAGUUCGGUACUGUAUUUGUCUAUACAUGUGACAACAGCUGUUGGAACGAUGAUAACCAACCUUACGAGGAAUUUGUUUACCUGCAAUCUGAUCCACAGGAGAAAAAUUUACCUUAUUAA